AUGCAUGGAGGGUUGGUGGUGGUGACGGGAGUGAUGAUGCUGGCUUCGUUGAUGUUGAGGCUGAUCACCAAGCUGCGACUGAGCUACAAGAUUGUGAAUGCGCAUAACGAAUGCGACAAGUUCUUCUUCCAAGAGCUUCUGCGAGAUGUGGAAACAAACUCGGUAGAUUGGGCGAACUCAAGGGAGGAGAGUUGUAGGUGGAGCUGGGCGAUUCCCAACGAGCGUAUCAUCCGUCAGAUUGCAAAUGAGUUGAGGGCACGACAAGGAAGCGUCUUGGUGGACUUUGGGUGCGGAAGAGGUUACUGGAGUCAUCUGAUAGCGCGGGAAUACCCUUCAGCAAGGAUAGUCGCGGUAGAUAAGAAUGAGAGCUGGUAUCGCAAUGAUAAGCAUUAUGAAAUCAAAGACGGGGUAGGCGACCUGAUGAUCUUCGUGGGUGAAGAGAUGGGAGGCAAGACAGCGAGCAGGCCCUUCUUUGUUGAGCUAGAAUCGCCGAGAUGGGAGCUGCGCAAGAGAGUUGACAUCCCGAGGUACUCGCAGGCGCAGGAGGCGAGUGGUGAUGACCGAUCUGCUGCCUCCAAGUUGGCCAGGAUGCAAGGAUGCAGCCUUCCUCUACGCCCGCACAUCCCGACACCAUGGAAAUCAACCUUGACAGGUUCCUUCCUGAUCCCGUAA